GCCGCCCCCUGCCCAGUCCUCGCAGGCCGCCAGGCCCCCUCCAGCCGGGGCCGUGGAGCACCGGAGCAAAGGCCGGGGCCCCCCCAUGAAGGAGCGCGACGCCGCCCCGGCCGAGCGGGGCAAGCCGGCCACCUACACCGGGGACAAGAAGGCGAAGAUGGCGGCCAAGACCAACAAGAAGUGGGUCCGGCUCGCCACCGUGUUCGCCUACGUGCUCUCCGUGUCGCUGGCCGCCAUCGUGCUCGCCGUCUACUACAGCCUCAUCUGGCAGCCGGUGGGCUCCGGGACCUCGGGGGGAGCCGCCGGCCCGCCCCCCGGCGGCUCCAACGCCACCGGCCCGUCCGGGACUUCGGGGGCAGCGACGGCGGGGCCCAACACCACCGGGUCGUCCAACCACGAGGCGCCGCGCGCCGCGCCCCCGCUGCAGGCGACGCGGCCGGCGCCUCCGGAGCCCCCUGCGGACAGACCCCGGGCCGGGCCGCUGGAGCGGCCGCUGGGGCCAGACGAGGACGAGGAGGAAGCGACAGCGGCGCCCGGGAGUCGUUGAAACCCUCCGCGCGGGGAGCAGCCGGGAACCGUCCUCCCCAAGCCCAGAGGCAGGACUUUGCAAAAAGACAGGGCAGGGAGCCCGUGGGAGUGAGCCCCACGGGAGUGAACGCCCCCUACUCCCCCAAGAUCGCCAGCUCGCCCGGGAGCGAGUGGCCCGCAGCCCGACCGUCAGCCAAGGGACCACGAUUCUCUGCGAGUUACGGGUUUGAUCUUCCCAGGACCGUGCUGCGCUAGGGACCAGGGCCAUAAAGGGGAUGGGAGGAGGGAUCGAGAGAUCCCAGCACCGAACCCUUCUGCGCCGCUUGCUCUCAUGUAUCCUACGUGCAGGCGUGAUUCGGGCUUUCCCCAAGACUCAGGAGAAGGAGGGAGCUGUAGGGGCUCUUUUUAAAUAAGCUGAAGCUCUCGCAAGGAGGAGGGCACCAAAAGUAGUGGAGCUCAGGUACGUCAUCCUAGCUGCAGUGGCCAGAGUUGCAUUUAAUUUAUAGAUCCCUGUACAUAGUUGUUGAUAUGCACUAUAAGCUAUAAUCACAUAGAACUCUAUGUACCCUCCCACACUCUGGGUAGCUACUGACUGGGUCAAGCAAGGGCUAUUUGCUGGCCCCAAAAUGCACCUAGCCAGAAAGGCACAAACACUGGCUUUUUUCAUCACCCACUCUUUCCUCUGUUCCCCUCAAUUUCAUAAAGAUAGGUUUAUGACGUUCUUACACAAAAGAGUAUAAUCAGCCUUAGACUGUUGACAUGACAGUGGAAAACCUUAGGAGAAAUAGAAGCAGUUUAGGAAGGAUGGGGAAUGUACUGAUCCCCUCCUCUUCACCCCAGUGCCCCCUCCAGAGAGGCUUCCUGUUGCAGCCCAAGUAUCUGGAUGUGGGCCAGGGAAGAGGGAAGGGAAAAAGCAGUGCCGCUGUGCUUGAAUCCUUGGCCUUCCUCUCGCAGAAUUCUUUUAGGAAGAGCAAGCAAGCUUUUGUAAGUAGAGUGACUGGCAAAGGUUUUAUCUUUUUUUUUUUUUUUCUCCUCAAGAUCAUGUUUUAUUCCAGUAAUCACCUUUGUCUUCCCUCUUUCCUGAGUCUGUAGCAACAAAAGAGACCUGUGACGGACAAAAUCUGUUGUGAAACCAGAGCUUUGAUCAUGUCCUCUAGUUUUGAGUUAUACUACAGAAUCAGAGAGGCCGGAAGGUGGACUUCCAACUCAGGAUUGUGUUUUGAUAGCCAGUUAAUAGAACAGCCACGGGAAGGUUGAAUUAGCUUGUCUUUACCUUUCCUGAUAAGCUGUACUUAAAUGCCACCUAUAAUUUUAUAGAGGAGAUGAAAAACAUCAAGAGAAAUGGCAUAUUCAUAGAUGUGGGGUAGCAAGAAUAACACUUCCUCAAUUUGGAUUCCAUUUCCUUCUGCCACUUCCUUUUGGGCAGUUGAGUAUGGGUAGUGACAAGAUAUCAAACUCCUUAGUGUUUGUUUCCUUUUUGGGAAAUGAGGCACUUUUUUCAAAAAAAGCCAACUUAUCCACCUGAGUCCUAAAACAGUUUGUCUCUCCAGUUUUCUGGCCUAUAAUCUAGUUAACUCUGAUCCAAGUUUACAGGACAACAGCCUUGCUCUAAGCCAUGUCCUGUUGUGGGUAAGAUAAUAGCAACUGAGAUGUCACAGCCUACAGGCAGACUGGUAAUACCCACAAGAUCUCUUGGCCAAAGGAGAUUUCUUAGUGGCUGACUAGGACUUCAGGCAUCAAGAAGCCUAUGAGGCCUUUUAAAAUUUUUGGUGAGAGACUGGGGAAAGAAACAUAAAUUCCACUUUAUAUAAUAGCCUGUAAUUUAUAUUUACUGUGUGAAUUUUUAGUCCUAUAUUUUAAUAAUUUGUAAAUUGAUCUCUUAUUCCAAGAAUCCUUUGAACUCAUAGGAGAACGUUUGGGAGUCCAGUCCCCUGUUCCCUUCCUGAUCCCUGCUUUCUGGACUGUUUAAAUCCACUUUGGGAUGGAUCAAAGAGUCUAGAGAGAUCAUUUGUAGGUCCAGCUGCUGGCCUCCUGACUCUCUAAAGCUUUCACUGGAAUUGAGACAUUCGCUCCAGCCCUAGCUGUGAUCAUGACCAGAGACAUUAUUUAUAAUUCAGCCAUUUAAGAUAUAUCUGUACUCAAAAAGUCCUGUAUAUUUUUUAAA